AUUAAUAAUCAUAGAAUCUAGCAGAAAAAUUAUAUAUUAUUUAAUACAAAAAAUAUAUUGUUAUGAAGAAUGCCUGCAUAUUGUAUUGUUCCUGGCUGUAAAAGCAAGUAUAAACAGAAGAGCAUAAAUGAAUUUCAAAGUAAAUUACAAAAUGAAUCACAAGAUGAGUUGGAAGACACACCAAGAAUAUCAUUUCACCACUUUCCUUCGGAUCCUGUUAAAAAGAAUAUGUGGAUAAAAAGUCUUAAACUUGAGGACAAAAUUCUAUAUUCGACAAGUACUGUUUGUUCUCUUCAUUUUGAAGAAAAAUUUAUAGACCGUGCAUGUAUGACAAAAGUAAGACUGAAAGAAAACGCCAUACCAUAUUUAAUUGAAAAAGCAAUAGCCGACAAUAUUUGUAAUUUACAUAUGAAAGAUAGGAUCAAAUUAGAAAAUGAAGCUACACUUUCUCACGAUAACAAUUUAAUAUGUAAUAAAGAAACAAACACCUCACCUUUAAUAUUGCGAAAAGUACAAAUGGUUGAAAAAGAAACCAGAGUUUCACCUGAAAGAAUAUGGAAUUCUCCGGCUGCACAAAUGAUUAAAGAAAUGAAUCAUAUAACAAUUAAGGAUUUGAAGAAACGAAUUAAAGUAUUGGAACAAAAAGUUAGGGAAAAAGAUAAGAAAAUUGUAGUUAUGAAAGAUAUUCUGCGUGAAUUAGAAGUAGACUAUAUCAGUGAUGAUGAAGAUUAAUGUAAAAUUAAUCCAAAUGUCUUAAAAUCGUUUUUGGUACAACUUUAAGAACCGUGACAUAAAAGAACUUAAGCAGUAAGUGAAUCAGCCAAUUACAGUUGAGAAUUUGAGUAAGACAGUAACAUAAGCAGUAGCAAAUCCGUAACGUUGAUUUCUUUACUGCCUAAGUUUUUUUAUGUGCCAGAGCCCUAAGAUGUCGAACUAAUCACAAAGCAAUAUUCAUCGUUUGUUUUUAUCCGCCUUUGAUUGAUAUUUCAAUAUAAGAAGAAACCUAUUUAUUAUGAA